AUGAACCCAAAUUCCAGUGCCAAACCUUCUGAUGUCAAGGCCGGGCCCGGGGAGAAGGAGGAGGAGGCUACUCGGCUCCUCGCAACCCCAGACCCGCCCCCGGGCGGGGACGUGACGGGGCGGUGGCAGCCCAGCUUUCCCGUCCGGCCCGGCCCCGCCGCGCCGGGAAGACGAGGGAAGCGAGCCGAGCCGAGCCGGGAGCGGGCACCAGCGGCCAUGGGCCCCCUGCUCCUCGCCCUCCUCACGGCGCUGGGGCUGCGCGCGGAAGUUCUGCCUCCAUCCAACGUGAGUUACUCUGUUGUCCAGAUAUGUACAUUGAAAUGGACAUGGAAACCUCCGGAGAACGUUAGCCGUAGCUGUGAUUUGGAAUAUUCCACGGACAUUGCGAUUAAUGGUAUAUUACAAGGAAGGAGUCAAUGGAGUAAGAAACUUUUUCGUGUGGAAGAUGUACCCAUGAAUAAGGAAGUUUGUUUAAAAGUGAGAAGUGAAUGUAAAUCAGACAAUGCCAGUAACCCAAGUGACUGGGCGGAAAGUCUCAUUCUACCAAAAGGUGUACCAGAUACAGAGGCUAGUAACAUAAGCUGCAUUUGGCACAACUUGAAGUCUAUGGUUUGUACUUGGCUUCGUGGAAAGAAAGCAAGUGAUAGGACCAACUACACUUUGUACUACUGGUAUGAGGGCCUGCAAAGUCACCAGCAAUGUGAAGGUUACCGUAUCCAUGAAGGAACCUUCAGUUGUGCUUUCAAACUUGCCUUUGCAAAUUCCACAUCUUUGUAUCCAACAAUCAAUAUUUUGGUUCGAGGUGACUCUGAAGAAGUAAGGCCCAUCUGUGAAAGUAAAGAUCCAGCAACAAUUGUAAAACCUGGUGCUCCAAAGAUAGUAAAACUCUUGAAUACCAAUAAUGGAAUAUCUCUUGAAUGGCAACAACCAGACGCUUUCCAAUCAGGCUGUUUAGUUUAUGAAGUCGAAUAUAAAGACAGCAAGUCAGAUACCACUACAAAAAUUGAAAAUCGAUUCAAUAAAACAGAGAUUCCAAGUAUUCAUCCAAAGUUCAAGUAUACUUUCAAAGUGAGAGCAAAAGCAAGUUUGACAUGUUACAGCAGCCAGCUCUGGAGUGACUGGAGUGAAGAAAAGAGCAUAGGUGAAGAGACGGAAGACAGUGAUUCCACAUUCUACAUCAGUUUAAUAGUCAUCAUUCCACUGGUAGUAGCAGUGUCUACUAUAAUUCUACUAGUUUACCUGCAAAGGCUCAAGAUAUUGAUACUUCCACCUAUUCCUGACCCUAGAGAAAUACUGAAACGAAUGUUUUUAGAGCAAAAUGAGGAUCCCCAGAACUACCCCAAGGAUGGCUUGGUGUAUGCCUAUGACAAGCUGGCUAAGGAAGAGGAGAUCAACCCUGUCAUUUGGAUAGAAGUGCCAGAGACCACCAUUUCUGGAAACAAGCACUGAUACAGCUCUGGCUUACAAAUAGAAGACAGAGGAAGAAGACUUCAGCUCUUGCUUUUGUGUACCUCAAAUGGUGCUGUGGAAUGAGGCUGGGCAGCCUACCUUGCUGAAUCCCUCCUGAACACUUGCCCCCUCUGAUACUACCCAGAAGUCAUGCCCUGACAUUUGCUGUCUGAAUCCUCUACUGUCAGCACUGGCUGGAGCUUCCAAGGUGGGCAUGUACAUAAACCCCCUGGCCUCGUCAUACUCCUGGCUAGUGCUUGUGCUGCCCACAAGACUGAAGCUGCCUCUAGUGGGCCCUGGCACAGCUGUGAAGCACCUCACUUGCUUUUGCAGAAAGUGGCAGAGGUGUGGACAGAAAAAAACUCGCUCACAGCAGGUUUCUUAGCACGGCUGGUUCCAGGUGGGGAGUCCACCUCCUCCAGCACCAUCUUGACAAUGGCCUGCUCGAGAUGUUGCAAAGGAAAGUGCAAGCAACCACCUAGUGGCUGAUCAUGGAAUAACCUGCCCAGAAGGCAAGUUUCCAUCCCCACUCUGCCUUGGUUAGUGACUGUUUUAAACCCUGAACCAGAAGGGUUUAACCCUUGGUUAAGAAUUACAUAUAUAUGUAUAUAUAAAAAAGAUGUUGUAACACAACAGUGGACAUUCUCACUGUGUAUACAAGUGUUUAGUCCUUUUUAAAUUCUGCUAAGCUCUUAGCCUCUAGUAGCUCCCCUUAGUGAGUUCAAUGAGCUAGCUUAUGCUUUGUUUAAAGGAUGAUUCCUGGUAUUGUGUUUAAGUGUUGCCUUUCAGCAGCUGCCUCUGCUGGAAGCUGCUUCCUACGUUUUUCCUCUUCUUGCCUUGGCUCCUGUAGUGGGUGGAAGGUGACAAGCCCAACCCAAGGAGCAAACAGACUUCUCUCCCUUGUAAUAUAGCGGUGACGUUGUCUUAUUUUUGUCUUUUCUUCUUGUUGGUUUUCCCCUGUGAGAAUCUGAAAGUAGGAGCUAACUUUGUUGUACCUUGUUGCUGCUACUUUCCUUCUGGAUUGUGAAUUACUAAUAGUUUGCUCAUGAUACUGCCCCUGGUUGCUGUACCAUUCUGAUUGUAAGUCCACCCCUUUUCCUCCAAAGGAACCAUAAAAAUCACUCGGCUUGUACACACAUUAGGCUCCCAGCUGUCUUGACCUUUGUACUUACAGUAUUUUUGUUUGUGCAAGCAGUUCAAAUAUGAGCUUGUUUUUAUUGUAAUAUUUUAGUGCAUUUAACUUUCCAGGUGCUUUCCUUUGGGUUAUUGUAUCCUCCUGUGGGAUUUUGUAAGAACUACAGUAAUUCAAAGACUUUCUAUGUAAUCAUUACAGGGGGAAAAGCAGGUAUGUUUUUCCAAAACUGCCCCUGCAAAUGUGAGGUUGACUUUUAUGAUCAGAACAGUACUGUAUGUUUGUGGUUGGUUUCCUUGAUACAUUCAAGUCCUGAACAUUAUUAUCUCUGAUUUAUAUUUUGAGGAAGGCAACUCCUUGCCUUUCAUUAUGCUUCCUAAAUGAAGGCAGAAAAUGAAGGGGAUAGAGAACUACAGAAAAAUUCAUAUAAUCUGGCCUUAAGUAGUGAAUUACUGAGUUUUUCUCUCUGUCUGAUUCUCUCAGCUUCACCUCCUGCUGCUUCAGUCUUUUGAAAUGAAGCAUGGCCAUAAAUAAACUCAGAACAGAUCUCCUUAAAGGUGUACUAAAAAUAUUGUUGUCACUACUCGGGCAACCUGCUUUUGCAUCCUAAGAUUCAGUCGCAUCAGUCAGUUCUGGAAUAAAGAUAUUUACCUUGAACAUCUGUAAAAGUAGCUUCAUGAAGCAAAGUUAAAAUACAGUCUCAGGGAUUUUAAUAACAGGUACAACAAAACUCAGGUUAAGGGGAAACUGUGCAAAAUCAAUUAAUUGGAUAUUAAGUAUUUGAGUGAGAGAGGAAGGGUUUGAAAACAAUUUCCCAUUUUGUUAAAUUCCUUAAUCAAACAUAACUUCCCUAAACAUUCAUGAUUUAUAAGACAGAUUUUUUCUAUGCUUCUAAAAUCUUCCCCAGAUUAAACUCAUCUACCUCAUCUAGAAUGUUAUUAGUUUUGGGUCACUGCAUAAUGAGGAGGAUAAGACCUAUAGCUUAAGAAAGCAUAAGUAGAUGGUUUCAUAAUUGAGGUUUGUGAUUCUCAAAUCCAUCAAGGAAGACAGUUAUUGGCCUUUUGUCCUGUAUUCUUUUUAUUUAGCUUCUGCACUUCUGGCAAGAUGGAAGCUUGCUAAAGAGAAAUGAUAAAGAAAAAAAAA